AAAAAUGGACAUACUUGUAAUCAGUGCUGCCAGGAAUGGUGACUUGAGUGCUUUAAAAGAUGCUAUCAGGAGGGGAGAGGAUGUCAACAAUGAGGAUUGGAAUGGGAACACUCCACUCAUGGAGGCAGCCAGUGCAGGUCACACUGACUGUGUUAAAGAGCUGCUCUCCUCAGGAGCCGUGGUGGACCUGGCUAACAAGGACGGGACCACUCCACUCAUGGAGGCAGCCUACUGGGGACAUGAAGAUACAGUAAAGACGCUUCUCUCAUCAGGGGCUUCCCCUCUCUGCACUAAUGAACGUGGACGCACUGCUCUGAUGGUGGCCAAGAGAUCACCUCUCUCUAACCCUUCAGUAAUCAAGCUCCUUGAGGAAGCUGCUGAAUCACAUUCACGUCCGCAGUCUGUUCCAGUCCUCCCUAAGAACUGGACUGUUGUCACUGACACAGAAACGUGAGUGACUAUUGCACAGUUGAGUCACUAGCUUUAUGAAUGUGAGUCAACUUUAGGAAGAAGCCAGUCUACCAGAACAAGGCAGCAGGGGAAACCCUCUCCACACCACCUGGAUGUAAGUGUGUGCUUGUGCUGUAUCCAGCACAUGGUUCUGUGUGUUUUACCUCCUGUGUAGAUCCCCUGCACCAA